UGUGGUGCAUGUGUCUUUUCUAAGGAAAGUUUUGUCCGGAUAUAUGCCCAAGAGUGGGAUUGCUGGACCCAGCCAUUAUUAAGGUGUAUCAUGCCCUUUUGCCCAUUUCUUUCUAAUGAAACACUGUCUGUGGUGUAUAAUUUUAGAGAUUUUUAUUUACAAGGGAAUUCCUGAAUGUGCUUACAACUGUGUUCUGUGUUAAGUUUGAGUUAUGAUUUGCAAAGGGUUGCUGCUUCUCAGGGUUGAUAUCUCAUAUAAGGGCAAUAAUUUUUAUUUUUAACACUUUCAUUUUCUUGUUUUGAAGACCAUUGCUACUGUGCAUGUAAUUAUUUUAAUCUGUGCUUCUCUUUGCCCAAUUCACAAAAGAAAACCAGGUAAUAUCAUGGAUGGAAAGAAUCAAACAGCUCUGUCUGAAUUCAUCAUUUUGGGAUUCUCCAAUCUAAACCAACUGCAGUUUUUACUCUUCACCAUCUUCUUCCUGACCUAUAUCUGUACUUUAGGAGGAAAUACAUUCAUUAUCUUGGUGACUGUGGUUGAUCCACGUCUACAUACACCCAUGUACCAUUUCCUAGGGAACCUGGCCUUUCUUGACAUCUGCUAUACCACCACCAACGUCCCCCAGAUGAUGGCGCAUCUUCUGUCAGAGAAGAAGAGCAUUUCUUAUGGGGGAUGCAUGGCUCAACUUUUUGCAUUUAUUUUCUUUGUGGGAUCAGAGUGUCUCCUCCUGGCAGCAAUGGCAUAUGAUCGCUACAUUGCAAUCUGUAAGCCCUUAAGGUAUUCAGUUAUCAUGAACAAGGUUCUGUAUAACCAGUUAGCAGCCUCCUGCUGGUCUGGUGGUUUCCUCAAUUCAGCGGUGCACACAGUACUGGCAUUCCGCCUGCCCUUCUGUGGCAACAAUCAGAUUAAUUAUUUCUUCUGUGAUAUACCUCCUUUGUUGGUCUUGUCUUGCGGGGACACUUCUGUCAAUGAAUUGGCACUACUAUCCAUUGGGGUGGUCAUUGGUUGGACUCCUUUCCUGUGUAUUGUCCUUUCCUACCUCUAUAUUAUCUCCACCAUCUUGAGGAUCCGAUCCUCCAAGGGGAGACAAAAGGCCUUUUCCACCUGUGCCUCCCACCUGACCAUUGUCCUUCUCUAUUACGGCAGCGCCAUCUUCACAUACGUACGGCCCAUCUCAUCUUACUCACUGGAGAAAGACAGACUCAUCUCAGUAUUGUAUAGUGUUGUCACUCCCAUGCUAAACCCUAUAAUUUACACACUGAGGAAUAAAGACAUCAAAGAAGCUAUGAAAGCUGUGGGGAGAAAGUGGCAGCUGCCACUUCUUUCUUUCGAUGUGUAACCUUCACUUAUCUGCUGUCAAUUAUUUUAACCAUAUAUCAACUGUGGCUUUUUCACCAGCUAGCUGUUUUU